AUGAUUGCUUUUGCAGUGUGUGUGUGUGCUGUCCGUGAAACUGAUUACUGUUGCCGACGACGUGCACGUUCUGACAAGAUUCUGACGAGAGCGCCGACUGCGAGAACGGCGACAGCGACGGUCAAGACGGAGGUCGAAAUGGAUGAUUGGGAGUACUGGGGAGACGAUUACCUCGAGGAGGAGCCGACGUACGCCAUCCGGCCGGGCACUCGGGUCGUUAAGGUCGAAAGGUGAGCCGCUUAUGAACACUCUAGUUGCCGUAAGCUCUUUAGUUCGCUUAGUUAUCGCUAAGGAAGUCGAAGAGAAUGUAGCCAAUUUGAUUGAUUCGAAGUAGAUGAAAUUCCGGCGAAACAAUCAAGUCCGCCGCUUUUUGACGACAUUCAGUCGCUGGCCUUCUGACGUGGCAGACCGUUUCUCGAUCAGAUCUCUUCGGCUCGUCUGCUCUGAGAAUCAUUGACCAGACUGGUGCUUUUGUGGGCAGCCGCCGGCUUCAUACGUGUUCUGUUUGCAUUUCCAACUCUCUCUCUCUUUCUUCGUGGCGAGUCUCUUCUUGUUAUCUUCUCGCCACGCAACACAACCCUUUUGUGAUAGUUUGCAAUUUUAUCAAUGGCAUUUGCCUGCCGAUCUCUCGCACGCACACUCUACAUAAGCGCGUCAACGCGGCCGCCGUGGCACACGACUACCGGCCAUCAGAUGACGUCGUCGCAACUUCUGGGCGAUCUGUGAAGGGGACGAGGCGAAGCACGUGGUCCGAGUGGCCUGUGAACGUGGCCGCGCACGGAGAUUGAUCGCAUUUGAUUGAGAAACAAAUGAUCUUUGUGACUUGCUUGUUGGGGAGGCAGCCGCUACGAAUGGAAACGGUUUAGGUUCAAGGGCAUUGAUCGGUCGAUCAGAGGCAGGGAACUUGGAGGAAAUCAUUGAUAGCAGGGGUAUCUGAGAGAAAACAUUCGAGAAACAAACAGAUUCAAUUGACAUUGAGAGAAACCGGGAAGAGAUCCGAUCGGACAACUAGAGACGUUUCUUGUCCGAUCACUUUGAAACUGCCUGAAGCCGACGAUCACUUCUAGACUUACUUCGGCGGGCGGUAUUCCGAUCGAAUAACACAAUCAAUUAGCCUUAUUCACCGUCGCCCAAACACUGACAUCAUCCGUCCUUCUGUCUCUUUAUCACUUGAAUGGAUGACCUAGAAACCGAUUGGCACGUCGGGAGAAUCGAUUACACGGAAAUGGUAAUAAAUCGCAGAGUGCGUCUAUGAAUUCGGAGGAUAAACGACGCGGAAAUCGGCGUGUGCAAAGAAUGUCUGUCCGUCGAUUACCUUUCGCGCCUGUUUACCUGCCUUGUUCGGUCGAGAUUUUGGACACGAACCAGUGCGCAUCCAUUCCCCUUCCUGCAUCGAUCGCCAGUCCCUUCCUCCCUCCCUUCCUCUCCUUCUUGUCCGCCAUCAGUCUGCGAGCGUGUUAUCAGUAAAUCGCCUUCUCCUCCUCCUUUUUCUGUGUUUCAAUGUCACCGUUUUGUAAUAUUAUCGUCUCAGACGAAUACGGGUAUCGGGUAUUCCCCCAGCCAAUGCAAUUUGAUUUCCACGUGGCCGAUGACGCAUUCUCCAGCCGCUUUUUCUCGUACUUUGAACCGCUUCUCGGCAACAUUCGACAGUUUCUGAUCUUUUUACGAGUCCUUUUCGGCUCUUUGGCCACUAUCUUUUCGAACUGAUCAUUGUGCACUUGUAGCCCUGUUUCGAUGAGUUGCACAUCUCCAAGAAAUGCUCUUUGAACUUCUGAUUUUCGAAAUUUCCGCCCAUUAACUUAUCACGGACACGAAUUUGAAAGUCUUCGAAAAUCGGACCGUAAUACCACUCUUUUGCGUAUCACCUGAAAAAUGCAAGAAAAGGAAACCCGCUUUGUGUCCAUUAACGCAGAAAUCAUCGAUAGAAGAUCAACAGAUCAUUUUUUCAAGGACAUUCCAUUCACCAGAAGUGUUUUUUGCAGAGUUCCGAUGAUGCGUGAUCUGAAACUGAGUGCAACGUCUUCGAACGGGCCUGCCACGUCAUACGUCAUCCGAACUGCCGACAACAAACAGUCGGGCGGACCAUCGGGCGGACCGUCGAACGGCGAUUCGGUGUGCGCGGUGUGUGGAGACGGAAUUGCCAAGUUGCAUUACGGAGUGAGUAGGCGGGGAGAGUAGGACGGAGAUGUAGAGAGGAAAUUCAGGUACUCGCGUGCUACGGAUGCAAAGGAUUCUUCCGAAGGACGUUGACUGGAAAGUAUCGGUAUGCGUGCCGAUUUGGAAAUAAUUGCAUCGUCGACAAAUGUGAGAUUGAACUUUCAACUUUCAACUUUCAACUUUCAACUCGAGACUCAUGUUCCGCUUUCAGUUCAUCGAAACAGCUGCCGGUAUUGUCGAUUCCAACGGUGCAUUGAGGCUGGAAUGGACCCGAAAGCAGUGAGGCCAGACAGAGAUCAGACGGGGAAACAGAAGGUUCCGAGGAUAAAGAAGAAGCAAAUCGACGAGGAACUUCUCAAUCAUAUGGUAUUUUCAGCCGAAGAAGUGCACAAACUCAUUAUCGUUUUCAGAUGAGGUUACAAGGGGACGAUUGGUCCAGAAAGCUACCGGUCGAGACGCGAAUUCUUCUAAUGCAGCUGAUGAGCAUCGAGGACAAAGUGGUGAAAGGAGACAACAAUAUGAGCGCCCAGAACACGGCAAAGGACCCGAAGAGUAUCUCGCUGCGUGAAAUGUUCGAGUCGAAGCCAGCGAUGGACGGCCGGCGGAUGGAGAUUGGAUACGAACCGUUCCGGAUGGCACGCACUGAGGAGCUCGGAGUGAUCGCCCACAGAAGAGCCAUCGCGGCCGUCGACUGGGUCGAUUCGCUGACCGAGAUCGCAGAUGCCGUCGACACGGAGGACAAAGUGGCACUCGUGAAGAGCUGUUACUCCCCGCUCACCAUCUUCAACUUCUCCGCCCGGACUGCUCAGAACACGAAGAACCCGGAUAUUCUGUGUUUAUGCAGUCAUUCCUACGUGCCGAGACGUCUUCCGCCAGAGUUCAACGAGACCAAGUGAGUUCCCGUUGGGGGUGUUUAAGUUUGAAUGAAUAGUUUCAGCCAUCUCUCCAACUUCCUCAUUGACCGCACUUUGAAUGAAUUGGUGGCUCCACUGCGGAAACUGAAUUUGAAGGAAGAGGAGAUCGUGCCACUGAAGGCCAUUAUUAUUCUGAAUCCAAACUCGAAGGGACUUUCCGAUCACGCGCGACACGCCAUUUCGGAGCUGAGGGACAAAGUGCAAGACAUGCUGUUCCAGAUUGUCAAGGAGCUCCAUCCGAUAUACUCGGCCAGCAGCCGGUUCGGAAACCUGCUCCUUCUUCUCCCAACUAUCACGGUAUCCAACUCAUCCCACUCUUCUCAGCCACUCAAUUUCUUCAGACUCUUUCCGGCUUGAUGUCCGAGAAUAUGCACUUCUGUCAGGCGCUCGGAGGAAGAGCGAGCGGAGACAAUCUUCUGGCGGAGAUGUUCGGCGACCGAACUUUCGAUGAUCAGCUCAUCAGCAGCAGUAUCAGUCCUCCGCUCUUUGAGAAUCCGGCCGAAAUUAGCCUAGAGGUGCGCACUUUUCCCUUAUCAAUUAACUUUAAACCCAUUAAAACUGCUCCUCCGAACCGAGAAGAUAAGCAUGCAAAAACUGUUUGCAGAGCAUCUCUCCUCCCAUGAUGGACCGCAGGUUUAGCGUCAAGAAGACCGACGCGGCGACGCAGACGAACGACGAGUUCGCCCAAACGGGACCGUACCUUCCGCACUCGAACUCGUGCAGUUCCCUGCUCAACGCCGGCUACUCGCCGCCCAUGGUGAGCUGUCCCUCCCUCGGUUCCUCUAAUAACUUUCUAUAGUUUCAGCUGUCCUCUUCGCCAUUUCCGAUGUUGGACGACAACGACGACGCGUUCCAGAACGACAUGAGUCUGUCCGAAUUAAACUGUGAUGACCUCCUGCAACUGAUCAAUUAG